AGUAAAGUAUUGUUAAGAAAUCUCAGAUGGCGCGAUUCUUCAAAAACGUCAACAGACUUUGAUAUAUCAAGAUUAAUCUUCUAAAACGAGUGACAAUUGUGUGCGUGUGACACAGCGUUACUGGUUAUAUAAAGUUAACGCUGGCAGAUCAGAUUUAUCGUAACGUUAGCCGGCUGAAGUGGGCUGACAGCUAGAAUGGCUAGCUAGCUAUGUUAACUUUAGCUAAUCUUGAUUUCAAUCAUCUAGCUAGCUACUGUAGUUUGCUUUCCUCCUUUGAUUUUUGUUGAUUUUGUUUAUUUCAGAUAGAAAAUGCCCUUGUCUACUCAGUCUCAGACUGGAGGUGACAACUACGUCCUUGUAGCUAGUCUGGAUAAUGUCCGUAAUCUGUCCAACAUCUUGAAAGCCAUCACCUUCAAAGAUCAUGCCAUUUUCAAUGCCACACCAAACGGGUUGAAAGUCACUGUGGAGGACUCUAAAUGUCUGCAAGCCAAUGCCUUCAUUCAGGCUGAGAUCUUCCAAGAGUUUACCAUCAGAGAGGACUCAGUGGGGUUUCAGGUCAACCUGACCGUUCUUCUGGACUGUCUCACCAUCUUUGGGGGAAGCACAGUACCAGGAGUGGCCACUGCCUUGCGGAUGUGCUACAACGGUUACGGCUACCCCCUGACCCUGUUCCUAGAGGAGGGUGGUGUGGUGACGGUGUGUAAGAUCAACACCCAGGAGCCAGAGGAGCCCAUAGACUUUGAGUUCUGCAGCACCAAUGUGACUAAUAAAGUCAUCCUCCAGUCAGAGAGUCUGAAGGAGGCCUUCUCUGAGCUGGACAUGACCAGUGAGGUCCUGCAGAUCACCAUGUCUCCCAGUCAGCCAUACUUUAGGUUGUCUACCUUUGGGAAUUCUGGGAAUGCCCAUUAUGAUUACCCAAAGGAUUCUGACAUGAUGGAGCUGUUUCAGUGUACAAAGACUCAGACUAACAGGUACAAGAUGUCUCUACUGAAGCCGUCCACCAAGGCCUUGGCUCUAUCCUGUAAGGUCUCGGUGAGGACAGACUGCAGAGGGUUCCUGUCUUUGCAGUACUUGGUCAGGAAUGAUGAUGGACAGAUCUGCUUUGUGGAAUACUACUGCUGUCCGGAUGAGGAAGUGGAAGAGGAUUAGGGAGAAUAGGAAUAUUUUUUGUACAAGAAUACGAGGCUCAAGUGUUUUAGAUGUUAUUCUAAAGCAAAACUUGGCUUUUUUUCACUUGGCCCUGUUAUUUGUAUUGUAUUCCUUGACUGUGUUAUUUGUAUUGUAUUCCUUGACUGUGUUAUUUGUAUUGUAUUCCUUGACUGUGUUAUUUGUAUUGUAUUCCUUGACUGUGUUAUUUGUAAAUAGUGUUGGCUCUGGUACAUGUUCAAUUUAAAGUGAAAAUGAUUAAUUGCUAAUAGUUUUUCUCAAUUAGUUGUUUGGUUUGUUUUCAGUGAAUUAAUGCUGCUCUCCCAUUGUUUGGAAGUUUACAAGGAACUUGAAACAAUAUUUGUAUAAUCAAAAUAUUCCUUCACUUUUGAUAAAUAUUUGAACAUAUUAGUAUUGACAAUAAAUGUAAAA